UUGUGUGGUCGUACUCGAACCGUCCGCUGUUGUUGUAGUUUGUAUUUGUAUUGGUGUUGCACUCUAUACAUAAGUAACUAAUAAUCGAAGCGUCUAUCGUUUACACUACACUGUUGGUGAUUAAUAAGUGCAUUAUCUUACUGAUGAGCAAAUAGUUUAUACGGACCUGUUUUUGUAAAAUUGAAAAAUAAAAGUAACAAAAGAAGGAAAAUGGCUCCUCAAUACAAGGUGACGUACUUUCCUGUUAAAGCUCUCGGCGAGCCGAUUCGUUUUCUUUUAAGUUAUGGAAAAUUUGAAUUUGAAGAUUAUCGUUUCGAUCGUGAAAACUGGCCCCAGAUAAAACCGAAGAUGCCGUUUGGACAAGUACCUGUUCUAGAAGUAAACGGCAAAGUGGCUCAUCAAAGCAUCGCCAUUUGUCGUUAUUUAGCCAAGCAGGUAAAGUUGAUAGGAGCAAACGAUUGGGAAGAUUUGGAAAUCGAUUCCGUUGUUGAUACUUUAAACGAUUUGCGUCAAAAAAUUGCUCUUUAUAAUUAUGAGUCGGAUCCCUCCAUAAAAGAAUCGCGAAAAGGACCUCUCUUGAAGGAAACCAUCCCUUAUUAUUUGGAACGCUUAGACGCGAUCGCCAAACAAAAUAAUGGUCAUCUGGCAUGCGGCAAAUUGACAUGGGCGGAUAUAAUUUUGGCUGCAUGGUUGGAUUACCUUAAUUACAUGAUUAGCGGAAAUUUACUAGAAAAAUAUGCUAAUUUACAGUCUGUUGUUAAUAACGUUUUGUCUAUUCCUCAGAUUAAAGCUUGGAUUGAAAAGCGUCCGCAUUCUGAAAUGUAAAUAGCAAUUUUAACUGUACUUGUUCAUUUGUCAUCAAUAAAUUGUCUUAUUUUC